AUGGAGGUGGAAAAGGGCGGACAAAAAGUCAAUGACGAUCAUCCCGGUCCGGGUGGUGCUGCGCUCAUCCCGCACUCGACAGACAUUUACGCCAAGGUGCAAGAGAAGCCGCCGUCGGAGAGUGAUGCUGCUACAGGCACGACGAGGGAAGGCUUUGAGGGCUGGCCCAUUGAGGACCUCUCCAAUCUGAUCACAAACUUGACGCUCAUGGGCGACGUGGCGGCGGAGCGGAAAAAGUACGCAGAGCGUCAGAUCGCUGCGCUUGAGGCUGUCGAGGCGGCUAUGGCCGAGUCGAAUGGAACCGGCGAAAUGUAUGUGGCGGCACAUGCGGCGCGGGUUGCUAACGGGUAUGGGGUCAAGUCUGCGGCGCAGCAUCUGGAGAAGCUCAAGCUGCAAAUCGACGGCGUAACCUCGUCGCGCAAGUCGGUCCGCACCAAGCGGGUUUCGCAGGCGGCACAGCUCGAGCCGAUGAAGCGCUCGCUGUAUGAUGAAGACGACCCAGCGCUGGCUUAUCUCCAGAACUCGCGGCCAGGAACCGGCGGCAAGGCGCCAGCAAACGCCGACGCGGCGGCGGCGUCGAGCGAGAAUCGUCCAACAGCGCCAGUCGACAAGGGGCUCAAGAUCAAGCUCCGGGUCCCGCGCGAGAGCGGCGGCAAGGGCGGCAAAGGCAGCAAGAGUGGCAAGGGCGGGAAGGGCGGGAAGGGCAAAGGCAUCAAGAGCGGGCAUGGGAGUGAGGCUGGCUCCAAGUCGCGAUCCAAGUCGAGCAAGUCGCGGCGUUCGCAGUCGAAGCAGGCGCCUCUGUCGUGGCCCCGGCUGGACCGUCUAGUGGAGCGGUUCCAGAACGGGCAGUACCUGACGUCUGAAGAGCUGCUCGCGGCCGACUACACCGAGCGCGGCGAGUACGCGUUCUGGCACUCGGUCGAGCCGUACUUUCGUGACGUGACCGAUGCGGACAUCGAGCUUCUUGCAGAGCACGGCAUCCACCCGAACGACUCGGCGUUUAUUGUGCCGCGGCUCGGGCGGUUCUACCGCGACGUGUGGUACGAACAGGACAUCGAAGAGCACGAGGGCGUGUCCAAGUCGAAGCGGUCGCGGACGUCGCGGUCGAACACCAACCGCGACUUGUCGUACAUCAACACUGGCGAGCCGUCGCUUGCAACGCGGGUCCCGCCGCAGCCAAUCUCGCAGCUCGCCGACGAGGCGCUCGAGUUUGGACUCGGGCUGGUGACGUCGCAGCUUGCCGGUGCCUUUGUCGAGGGCACCGAGGUUGAGGCGCUCCCGUGCCGUGGGGCGGCGGCCAAGGCGGCAUUCCCCAAGGGCCCGGCGUUUGGCUCCGGCGCGGGCGUGGCGGCACCGACUGCCAUUGCGGUCCACCCGCCUGGUGCCGGGGCGCGCGGGCGCGGAGCGAGCGGCCUACCGUCGCCGCGGGCGUCGCAGCUCGAGUCGAUGGACAUCGAGAGCGAUACUGCAGCGUCGCGACCGGGCUAUGUCCACUCGCGGUCCGAGGCCGAGGCGCUGGAGGAUCGGAUCACCAUGGAGCUGCUCUCGGUGGGGAUCAUCGACCAGGAGCCGGAGGCCGACCUUCCCGAAGACGACGAGGUGUGUGUCGAGCUCCGAGCCAUGCAGCACCAGCUCUCGAUGUGUAUCCAGGAGACGAACGCCAAGAAGCGGCACCUGUACAAGCGGAUGCGGCUCCUCUCGCAGGAGCAGCGGCGAAUCCGGAUCCAGCGGCAUGCGGCCAAGUUGGUCGAGGUGGCGUGCGAGCAGUUUUUGGCCAUGCCGGCCGCCGACCGCCCGCGGGCGCACAACUACCUCCAGGUUGUACUCGACACUUGGCGCAAGGCACACUCUGCCGUGUCACAGCGCAACGCGCCGCCACCAUCGCCGUUUGCACAGGCGUCGGGCACUAGCAGCGGGCGGGCAUGGGGUACGGUCACGGCGCGCGAGCUCAAUGCUCGCGCCAUGCCGACGCAGGCCUCAGGCGGGCCGACUGGUAUCCACGCGCCGCCGUCUCAUCCGGCGGCGGCGGCAACCCCAACAUCCGCAGCCGCGCACUCCAACUCGCAAGCCCGGUCCGAUCGGCGCCACGCCGCGUAUGCGGCGGCGGUGGCCGCUGCCGCCGCGCGGCGAGUCACGUAA